CCGCAAAUUCGUGGCAUUUGACGCAAAGGAAGCUGCUUACUGAUGGUUACUCAAAAAGUUAUUGCCUGAUCAAUUUUAUAUUAUAAGAUCACAAUAUGUUGGUCUUCUGUGAUAUUUUUGAUUUCAAAAUACUUCUACUUGCCUGUUUAUUGGCAUUUCUGCCAAACAAUUUAGCAAAUGAAGGCGAAGGCGCGUUAUCGCUUACCCAACAGAAUCUUAAUUCAACGCUUGCAACACAUGAAUUGGUAUUUAUAAAUUUUUAUGCACAAUGGUGUCGUUUUAGUAAUUCAUUAGCACCUAUUUUUGAAGAGGCUGCGAAUAAAAUAAGAAAUUCUAUUCCUGAACCAGGAAGAAUAGUACUGGCAAAAGUAGAUUGUGAAAGAGAAUCCCCCAUUGCUACAAGAUAUCGCAUCACUAAAUACCCAACUUUAAAACUUAUAAGGCAUGGCCAAACAACUAAACGGGAGUAUAGAGGUCAGCGGUCUGUAGAAGCUUUUGAAGAAUUUAUAAAGAAACAGUUGGAGGAUCCUAUUAAGGAAUUUUAUGAUUUAAAGGAAUUAAAUAAUUUAGAUGAUAAAAAAAGAAUGAUUAUUGGAUAUUUUGAUACAAAGAAUGUUCCAGAAUAUAACAUAUUUAGAAGAGUUGCUUUUGAACUUAAGGAUGAUUGUCAAUUUCAUGUUGGCUUUGGCACAUGCUCUGCUCAAAACUGUGGAAUUGGGGAACAUUUCCACUUUUUGAAUGCAAGCAGAGCUAUGCACCCUCCAGGAGUACCUAUAGUUGUCUUCCGAGCACAAGAAAAGUGUGUCCCCCUUGUUAGGGAAAUCACGUUUGAAAAUGCAGAGGAAUUAACAGAAGAAGGUUUACCCUUUCUCAUACUAUUUCACGCUCCUGAUGAUGUUAAAAGUGUUAAAAUGUAUAAAGAUGUAGUGACAAGGACAUUAAUCGAUGAAAAACAAAAUGUAAAUUUCUUGACUGCAGACGGUGUGAAAUUUGCUCAUCCUCUCCAUCAUUUAGGAAAAACUCCAGCGGAUUUACCUCUAAUUGCCAUAGAUAGUUUUAAACAUAUGUACCUGUUCCCAAAUUUCCAUGAUAUUCAUGUAGAAGGAAAACUGAAAAGUUUCUUACAAGAUUUAUAUACAGGAAAGUUACAUAGGGAGUUUCAUUAUGGACCAGAUUCAAGCAGUGAUGAAGUAGCGCAAAUUGUUGGACAAAUCAAGGUACCUACAACCCCGCCAGAGUCUACAUUUAAGAAACUUGCACCCAGUAAAAACAGAUAUUCGUUACUCAAGGAUGAGCUAUAAUGAUAUAGUUCAGCUAACUCAAUAUAUUGAAAUUUGUAUGACUUUGGUUAUGCAAUUUGUUAGUUAUUUACAGUUGUUUGCAUUGAUAAAAUCCAAAUUCGUUGUAUUAUUGAAUUCAAAUGUUAAUCAAUGUUAUAGUCGCGAUAACAUUUUUGUAAUUGUUUAUACAGUAUUGUCACAAAAUGAAUUGUUUAGUUUAUUGUAAAUUACAAAAUAAUUUCAUACUCAUAAUUUAAAAGAAAAAGAAAGAAGUAUAUAAUUCUAACGUAAAGUAAUCGGAUUUCUACCAAAUGUUAUAUACUUACAUCUAACCUCUAAUCUGUAAAAAAUUA